AAGGGUAGCUCAGAGGUGGGGGGGGUUUCUGUCCCCUGGAUGUGCUAAAAAUAAAAUUCAUGAUUAAUUAUAUGAUUAGAUAGUACAGUAACACGCUUUGUCACCUAUAACACAAAGCUUACAUGGGUUAUAAUACAGCAUAGUGACUCACAUUUAAUUGUAGAAAAUGUGUCACAUUUUCUGUAUGUUCAUAUUUUUAGGUUGUAUUUGAAAAUGUGAAACACCUGCGAUUGAUUAGCAGUUUUGAUGUUUCAUUUGAAAAAAAAAAAAACACACUUUAAAAACAGUCUAGCUGUUUUCUGUUUUGCAUUUUGUUGGCCAUGAAUGCUUUCAACUGUCCUGAUGGCGCAUCCCGAGCCUGGAAGUGCAUUUGUUACACAUUUGGCUGCAUUUGCAUUUGUGGUUUUCAAUGAAUGCAAAUCAUCUUAAUACAAACUAUGUGAGAAACAAAGUGAGGAAAGUCUGUGAGCCUCUUGAAUUACAUAAUGUACUGUAAUGUCACCGUAAGCCAUCAAUUGUCGCCAAUCCGUGUGAGUAGUGGCCUCAUGUGGUUGAAUCUGGUUAUUGCACCAUUGAGACGCACAAAUUGUUAUUUUCAUAACGUUUACUCUCAGUUAACUCAUAUCUAAGCCACACUGGGACGCGAAUAUACGCGAAAGCGCCGUUUUACAAUACAGAAAACAUACAAAGACCAAACAUAAAAUACAGAAACGGUUGUCGGAAGAGAGGCCAUUUGCCUUUCCAAAUAAAGCAUCUAAACGGAAGUAGAAAAGGAGGGUAAUUGUUGGCCUGUGUAACUUUCCGUAUCCGAAUGUGAAAAACAUUUGUUUUUGGUCUGUUUUUUUCUUCUUUUGUUCACUUGUGAUUUUAUUUUUUGAUACAUUAAAUAUUGAACCGUUUAUUUCGAUGUAGUUAUUGUUACACUAACGAUUUUGAAAACUUAACCGGAAGUGCCGUCAUUCGACAGUAACCCAAGCUAGCAAGAGUUGCCCUGUACGGCGCUAGCUUGGGACAAAAUAAUGUGUUUUAAUCGUCAGGUGGGUGAUAUUUGAGGGGAUUUAUUGUCAAGAUGAUUCCAACAGAGGACGCGUCUUCCCGGAAGAGGGAAAUUGAGGAUAAACUGAAGCAGGAACAAGAGACGCUGUCAUUCAUCCGUGAGAAUCUGGAGAAGAGUGAUCAGCUGACCAAUGGCAUGGUGUCCAUUCUGUCGUCGUUCGAGAGCCGCCUCAUGCAACUGGAGAACUCCAUCAUCCCAGUUCACAAACAGACGGAGAACCUGCAGCGUCUGCAGGAGAACGUGGACAAGACGCUGUCGUGCAUGGACCACGUCAUCAGCUACUAUCACGUGGCCAAAGACACAGACCGGAUCAUCAGGGAGGGGCCGACUGGCCGACUGGAUGAAUACCUGGCUUGCAUUGCCAAGAUCCAGAGAGCUGUGGAAUACUUCCAGGACAACAAUCCCGACAGCCCCGAACUCAACACAGUGAAAGCCCGCUUUGAGAAGGGCAAGGAGUUGUUGGAGGCGGAGUUCCGCAGCCUCCUGACACGAUACAGCAAGCCGGUUCCGCCUAUCCUCAUCCUGGACGCCAUCAGUGUGGACGAGGAGCUGGAGGUUCAGGAGGACGUGGUCUUGGAACACUUACCCGAAGCCGUGCUCCAAGACAUCAUCUGCAUAGCUGGCUGGCUGGUGGAAUACGGACGGAACCAAGAUUUCAUGACCGUCUACUUCCAGAUCAGGUCCAGCCAGCUGGAUCGCUCCAUCAAGGGCCUGAAGGAGCACUUUCGUAAGAACAGCGCCUCCUCCGGGGUCCUGUACUCGCCGGCGGUCCAAGCCAAGCGCAAAGACACGCCCACCAAGAAGGUUCCCAAGAGGCCAGCUCUGCUUUCUCUACUUCCUCUUCUUCCUCCUGGCUGUCGGGACCUUGCCGCUCCUCCCUCUCCUCGGGUCCCAGGGACCAUUCGCAAGGCUCAGAACCUUCUGAAACAGUACUCACAGCAUGGGCUGGAUGGGAAAAAGGGGGGUUGUAACCUCACACCUUUGGAAGGUUACGAUCACGACCUGCGGGUCAGACACAUCACUGACGCUCUGGCCGACAAGCACGGGGGCUCGGCAGGUAAAGACGACGUGCUGGACAUCGAGAUCGACUCCUACAUCCACUGCAUCAGCGCCUUCAUCAAGCUGGCGCAGAGCGAGUACGCCCUCCUGACGGAGGUCAUCCCCGAGCACCACCAGAAGAAGACCUUUGACUCCCUCAUUCAGGAGGCGCUGGACAACCUGAUGCUGGAGGGAGACAACAUUGUGUCUGCGGCUCGCCGGGCCAUCAUGCGACACGACUACUCUGCUGUCCUCACCAUCUUCCCCAUCCUCCGACACCUGAAGAUGAACAAGUCCGACUUUGACGCCACGCUGCAGGGCACGGCGGCGAGCACCAAGAAUAAACUUCCUACGCUCAUCACAUCCAUGGAGACCAUCGGAGCCAAAGCUCUGGAGGAGUUUGCAGACAGCAUCAAGAACGAUCCCGACAAGGAAUACAACAUGCCGAAGGACGGAACCGUGCACGAGCUGACCAGCAACGCCAUCCUCUUCUUGCAGCAGCUGCUCGACUUCCACGAGACCGCCGGGGCCAUGUUGGCCUCACAAGUACUGGGGGACACUUACAAUAUCCCUUUAGACCCCCGAGAGUCCAGUUCGUCAGCCAGCAGCUACACGUCCGAGUUCAACAAGCGGCUCCUCAGCACGUAUAUAUGUAAAGUUCUGGGGAACCUUCAGCUGAACCUACUGAGCAAGUCCAAAGUGUACGAGGACUCGGCUCUGAGCGCCAUCUUCCUCCACAACAACUACAACUACAUCCUCAAGUCUCUGGAGAAGUCGGAGCUGAUCCAGCUGGUGACGGUGACCCAGAAGCGUGCCGAAAGUUCCUACCGGGAACUGAUCGAGCAACAGAUCCAGAUGUAUCAGCGCAGCUGGCUCAAAGUCACCGAACACCUGGCGGACCGCAACAUGCCCGUCUUCCAGCCAGGCGCCAAGCUCCGGGACAAAGAGCGCCAGGUCAUCAAGGACAAGUUCAAGGGUUUUAACGACGGCCUGGAGGAGCUGUGCAAGAUCCAGAAGGGUUGGGCCAUCCCGGAUAAGGAGCAAAGAGACUUCAUCCGGCAGGCCCAGAGGAGGGUGGUGUCGGACGCCUACAGAAGCUUCCUGCACAGGUGUGCCAACAUCUCGUUCACCAAGAACCCAGAGAAGUAUCACAAGUACCGUCCAGAGGAGGUGGAGGACAUGAUCGAGAAGCUAUUUGACACCUCUGCUUGAGCCCCGCCCCCCCUCCCGUCGUCACCUGUGUUGUGUACGUGAUGUAAUCAUGGAAAUAUUAAAGGCAAGUGUUUGGAUGCUAAUUUGCAUAGA